AUGCCCAUCAAGAGUAUACUAAGUGGAAAGUGCAGCCCUCUGAACUUCGAGCUUCAGUUCUCUCCUGAAGAGAAAGGAAAGAAGAACGGCCAUAUCGACAUACUACAAGGGUCAGCAAUACGUGCAGAAAAAGAGUUUAUCGUUUCCAACGAAGAUGAACCGGAUUAUGCCGUCGAUCACACAGAUUCGCAUGGGCGAUUGCAGUAUGUAUCCAACAAUCUCUUCGAGAUCCUGGCCGAUGUGAUCCAUACACCAAAGGAUGUCAUAACCUUUGGUUACCAGCUUGGCCUCUCUUAUUCCUCUAUGAAGAAACACAACGACCAAACAGACGUGUACCUCGAUAGUGUCUCAAGGUCAGGCUUUGGUAAGAUGCUACGUGACUGGAGACGGCAGGUUCGACCUAGUGAGCAGGUAGAUGAACUUCAUUUGGCAUUGCAAAAUGCUGGGUUAGGCCAUGCAGCUGAGGUCAUCUUACAUGAACUGAGUAGCGGGAGGCGCUUUGCACAAGUCAAACAAGUAUGGGAGUCAAAGAAGUAGGCAAACCUGUCAUUUAAAUGUCCCACGACCAAGAUGGGAUUCACUUGGUUUUUGCAUUCAGCUG